CUUCUAUAGUAUAUGUUAAACUUAUAUCACUAGAAACUUAUCUUAGUUAUGAAUACAAAGUUUGUGUUAAUUUUGUUUGCUUAUCUUUUACAUAGAACACCAUCAAUGUUUUAAGUAUGAGUGCGUGUGUGUAUAUAUACACAUCCUUAGCCACAACGUUGUACAUAGCUCACAACAAAAGAAAAAACAAAAAAGAAGAGAAAAAUGGAGAAUUCUCAGAGUCAGGGUAAAAACAAGAAGAAGAGGCUAACACAAGAUCAAGUUAGACAACUGGAGAAGUGCUUCACUAUGAACAAGAAGCUUGAGCCAGAUCUGAAACUUCAACUGUCGAACCAGCUUGGUCUACCUCAAAGACAAGUCGCUGUCUGGUUCCAAAACAAGCGAGCCAGGUUCAAGACUCAGUCUCUUGAGGUCCAACACUGCACUCUUCAGUCCAAGCACGAAGCAGCUCUCUCCGACAAGGCAAAGUUAGAGCAUCAAGUGCAGUUUCUCCAAGAUGAGCUGAAGAGAGCAAGGAAUCAGCUUGCUCUGUUCACAAAUCAAGAUUCUCCUGUUGAUAAUUCUAAUCUUGGUUCUUGUGAUGAAGAUCAUGAUGAUCAAGUGGUGGUAUUCGACGAGCUUUACGCUUGCUUUGUUAGCAAUGGACAUGGAUCUUCAUCAACCUCAUGGGUCUGAUUCUGUUUCGACGCAGACAAGAUUCCAAUAUAUAUAGUCUUGUCUCUGUUUUGUUUCGUUUGAUCUGUUUCUCUUUGUCUGAAUAGAUUUAAAAUUUGUAAUUAAAGUCAUUCAGACAUUCACUAAUACAAAGAGAUGAUUUUCUUCAUUUCUUGUUAUGGUUAUAAGAAUUGCAAUGUUGUAACAACACAAGAAACCAACAACUACUCCAUGGUCUAGUUUCAUCUUACCUUAUUGAUCACAUCAAGUCUUUUCAUUCAAUAUUUAGUAUCAUGCACUAGAUUAUGCAAUAAUUCAUAAAUCUAGUGU